AUGGUUGGGAUGAAUUUUCCUUUACCACCUCUACCACCACCUCCUCCAUCAGGAUUUGAAAAUGAGAGUUGUUUGAGCCAUUUCCAAAUGAUCGAACAACAAUUGGAGUACAUGACUCAACUGAAACAGCACAAUUUACAAUUAUUGGCACAAACUACGAAUAUUCAAAUUCUUCCUCAAAUAAUGAUACCAUUACUUCAAGAGGUUCAAACGGAGGCUCAAUUUGAUCCUAAUGAUCUUGUCUUUAAUGAUGAAGCGGAUGAUGAUCAUGCAAUAUAUAUCCGCAUGUUACAAAAGUACUCAGAUGUUACUGAAAAAAUGAUCUAUCUUCAACGUCACCUUAAACACUAUUUGGAAUACGGACAACCUUUGAUCAAGACUUUGAUUGUUCAAGAAAACAAUCUCAACACCAAUUCUUUACAACGCAGAAAAAGAAUUGUGGUAGAGUCAUUUCAACAAUUGGUCAACGAAGCCAGGUCAACAUUUCGAAUUAAUGAAAAUACGGCUCUCACCUUCACGGAUGGUGAUAAUUGUGAAAUCCAUGAAGGAAAUUUUGCGUCACUUGCUUUCGAAGAGAAAAUAUUUGUUACUGUGAAUCAUGGAUCCCAGUUGUGUAAUUAA